GUUAGGAGCAUUGUUUCUAGAGUCUCGAUGAAUAGUUGACAAAAGAUUCAGGCUUGUAGUAGACGAUGUCUGGGACUGAGGUAAGGUCGGGCUAGCAGUAGCCACUGUAGGCAUAGCUGUAUAAGAAACGGAAGCGCGAGAUUUAGCUCCGCGGAUAUGGUUCAGAUGUGGAGCAGCACCUGAGCCCAGGCGAGCAGUAUUGAUCAAUGAAGAUGAAGAGGAGCUUGUAGAUUUUAUGCUUUGCAAAGUGGAAACAGAAGGCCGAUGGGGAAUCUGUCGAUGGCCUUUCAAAAUUCUUGUCUCAUCCGAAAGAGGUGAAGUUGAGGCAGGAGAGGACGAUAGAGGCGAAGUGGAGAGUGGGGAAGCCGUGUACAUGUGUUGACGGCGUACCUUGCUUCCGCUCCUGGUCAGACCCUCGUCUUCUUCCUGAGCAUCAAGCUCAUGAACAGAUUCGUCUUCCCUCUCAUUACUCUCGUCUUCUCUCUCUUCUGCAAUCGAAUCAGGGCUAUAAAUGUCAUUUUCAUCACCCCAUUGUGGGCCAGCCUUGGCCCGUGCUCCGUCUUUAUAGUACUGCGUCCGUCCUCGGACCAACAUCAAAAGCAUAUGACCAUUGCUCGGUUCCUGGUUAGACAAUGGGGCACUGGCAUGGCGUCGGUGUAGUGCCGGCAUUCUUGAACUGGAUGUACCCGAAUUAGCAGGUCCAGUCAGCACGUUCGAUGGUGGGAGCGAUGUUGCAGGCGAGACAGGUCUGGAGUCCGAUGCAGCCGUGGUAGUUGAGAGGGUGGCAGGAGCACUAUUCAUAGUUUUAAUGGAUGCAGUGUCCUCAAAGUACUUCUCGAACGAAAGAGCGUU